AAACUGGUUCUCGAAUACUAGUUCCCACAAUACAUCCAGGACUCCGUCCGAAUAUUCACACAACUCACAAGUGAAGUGUUAAUAUUCAGAUUGCGAUAAAAUAAUUCAUAAUGAGGGUUCUUGUAGCAAAACUGGCCGAUCAGAUCUUGCUUUCAACAUAUAGAAAACUGUUCCCAGGAUCACACACAUUGUUGGUUUCCAGAACUGUGACGACCCGUUACUGGGACGGUGAAAAGUUUGUAGAAGUGGAGGCUUCAAGUGAUUUAGAUGCUUUGAAGUUAGUUUCCCAAAAAGACCAGAUCAAAGAAGAAUCUGAGAAAAUUUUGAGUAAGCUUGGAGAAGAUGACCCUAGAGUAAACCCAAGGGCAGCCUUACAAGGCGCCCCGAGAGGGCUCAAAUACAGAAAAAAAUACGUGCAGGCAUUGCAAAGUCAGGAGAAAAUUGAAGAGAGGUUUAGUAUCGAGAAAAUAGAAAAAAUUCUGAGUGAAAUGGUCAUCUCCCAGCAACAGAAUCAACAAUCAAAGGAGACGGAUGGUAUCAAUGAUGAGUUUUCACUCAUAAAGAAUGAGAGACCUCCUCAUCCAUAUGCACCCAAACAGCGCAAGUGUAUAAUCUGCGAAUAUGAUGUUCAUUUGGAUUACAAGAAUGUGCGAUUGCUGAGCCAGUUUGUGUCCCCUCACUCUGGGAUGAUCUACAACCGAGGGACUACAGGACUAUGUAUACCAAUGCAGAAACACAUAGCCAGUCUUAUUAACACGGCCAGAGCAUUUGGUUUCAUGCCUUUCCUCAACAAAAGAAUGGAAUUUAAGGAUGACCCUGAUAUAAGACCAAAAGACACUUAAAAUAAAUCACUAUCUUUGUUUACAAGUUUUUGUGAAGCACACGUGUUUAAUAAAUCAUUGCUCACUUUC